UUCGAGUAGGUACUAAACUACGUCAUGUCAUCAAUGUAAACAGCACUAUCAAUUUUAUUAUACUGUAUUGUUGAUUGUUACGAGUGACGGUGACGAAUAAGUGCGAGGAAUGGUGCAACACGUUGAUUUAUCUAUCACUCGGACAGACUUGAUACUUGCCCACUUCAUAAGCGGUAAAUCCUGGCGUUUCUUUGCACACGUCCACACAGAGCACGUAAUAAUAGCACACGUUUUAUAGUGCUUGUAUAAAAUAGUUUGGUACGUCGAGAUCAGUGCUUUUAGAGUUUAUUGUGCAAUAAGCAAGAUCCCUAUCUACCGGAACCUAACAAAAUUGAACUCGAAGAUGGCCGGUGAAAAACCCACAUUUGACUACCAUGAAGAAUCUCAUUCUGAAAAAUUGGCACGGAAAACAAAGGAAUCUCCAUUCAUGGUCAUCGGAAUAGCUGGCCUUGCUACAUCCGUCGGAUACGGCAUCUACAAGUUCAAGCACCGGGGUCAAAUGAGCACAAGCGUUUUCCUCAUGCAGUUCAGAGUGAUCGCUCAGGGGACGGCCGUUGGCGCCCUCACGGCAGGCAUGAUAUACACGCUCUACAAUAACCACUUCAAUAAGAAGCCAGCCAUCUCGGAUAAAGUAUUACCUACGGCAAAUUAAUUCUUCUGUGCCUCUGAUAGCAAAUGCUUCCUAAUAAUGUAAUAUCAAAUGAAAAUGGUUCCUUGCUGUGCUGCUCUCUACUCCCUACAGCUGUGGUUGUAUGCAGGUAGUGACGACAGCACAUCGAGUAAAAUGUGGGUUGUGUGCGUCCAAGUGUACAAAAACGUAGUUACGAGUAAAUAGUAACCGCUAUAUUCUAGGAAGCAUUUGGAACGUUCUGUAAACCCCACACAUUUGGGGUCUCUUGAGUACUGCCUACCAAUUAUGUAUUCUGACAUUCUGUGGUACUAACUAGUACCUAAGUAUUAUUAUUAUUUUUAAUUAACGAGACGAGGGAAGAGAUCUUCUAUGAUGAUAAAUGAUAUAUGUGUAUUAAGCCAAUUAAAACAAUGAUGUGUCAAUUACUUAUUUUUAUUUUAUUGCACUUUUUUUGAAAGCUUAAAUUAAAAAUGCUAACAUUAAAUGAAAUAAUUCUCAAUAAAUUGCAUGUUUGUGAUAAAAUGUAUAUCUUCAUAGACAUUAGGAUAUCAUGGUGUUAAAAUACUAUAGUGCUAGGUAUAGCGAAGUGACUAAA